CUGUGAAAUAAGAUAAGGUGGGGUAUCCGAACUAGCGCGUAUUCGCCAUGGAACAUUCACUUUGAAAUCCCGCGGACUGAAAAGUAUGCACUUGGGUGUUUUUGGGAUGCUAAUACCGGCUGCUCAUUGAAUCGUUGGAGAUUCUUGAGUGUUGCCGUUGUAACGGAACGGGGCGAACCCUCGUUUUGGCGGACCCGUCUAGGCCCGAGGAUGUAGGUAGGCACGCUCGCUCUCGGUGCGGUGCAUUGGGCAAAGACGGGACAAGAGCGGCAAACUUGCUCGUUUCGUGCGACGCGACGCACCGCUUCCCCCCCGCUGCGUUUGUGCUCGCUCGCAUGUAGGUGCUGCAUUUCUCACAGAGUGGCUCAUAGUGGGCGCUUUUGCCAUCGUUCUUCACCCCCUUCACGGCCCGUGCCAGGGGAGAACUCCGGACAGACGGGCAGACUGACUGACACACGGUUAGCCUGCCGCCGACACAGCCUCAUAACACCGCUGUACUGGCAGGUCCGGCGGCCAAAGAUUUCUCUGGUGGUGCUGGCCAUAGCGCCAUGGCUCAGACCCUUCAGAUGGCGAUCCCAAACUUCGGCAACAAUGUCCUGGAGUGUUUGAACGAGCAGCGGCUGCAGGGGCUGUACUGCGACAUGUCCGUGGUGGUGAAAGGCCACACCUUUAAAGCUCACCGCGCCGUGCUGGCGGCGAGCAGCUCCUACUUCCGUGACCUUUUCAACAGCAGUGCGGGCAGCAAAACCCCUACGGUGGUGGAGUUGCCCCCGGCCGUACAGCCGCAGAGCUUUCAGCAGAUCCUGGCCUUCUGCUACACCGGCCGCCUCAGCAUGAACGUCGGAGACCAGUUUCUGCUCAUGUACACAGCCGGCUUCCUCCAGAUCCAGCAGAUUAUGGAAAAGGGCACGGAGUUCUUCUUGAAGGUCAGCUCGCCCAGCUGCGACUCACAGGGCCUCCAUACUGAAGAAACCCCUCCGUCGGAGCCUCAGAGCCCUGUUACCCAGACAGCGGCGGGUGCUGUGGCUAACGGCGGAGGCGGGGUGGUAGCUACGGCAUCCAGUCGACCCGCUUCCUGCUUGACCCCGUUGCCCCUCGUCUCUCGGGUGAAGACAGAGCAGCCGGAGGCCUCGCCGUAUUCGGUGGUUUGCACGCCGGUGGCCAAGCGGCUUUGGGAAGGAGGCAAUCGGGAAGGCGGCGGAGGCUCGGGGGCGGCCGGUGGAGGAGGGAUGAGGAAGGCGGCUCGCUUUUCCCAAGAAAUG